UUAGUGGACCAGUGAAUAGCACGUUGAUCCUUAUUCGCGGCUUUUGUUCUUAUUUUGCCUUGUUUUCAAAUAUUAAGUUAAUCGAAAUUCGAUUCUCGCCGAAGAAAAAUUGACGAACGAAAGAUCGAGAGUUUGAAUUUAAAAUGAGUCCGAACAUUUUAGUAAAGUUAUGCGGUACAAGGGUAUUGCAGAAUGUCGGUAUCGGUCAAAAGCCGAAAUGGAUCACCGUUAACAGAUUCCUUAGUAUCACAAUGUCGCGUCUUAUGCUGAAGGAGUCGCCGAACGCGGCCCUAGAUAAGACCCUGCUGAACAGGUACCUGGAACUACCCCAACCGGAGAACACAGUUCAGGCGAAAUACAUUUGGAUCGAUGGUACCGGUGAAAAUUUGCGAAGCAAGACCAGGACCGUUGAUUUCGUGCCGAAACAUCCGUCAGAAUUGCCGAUCUGGACGUACGAUGGUAGCUCGACGUACCAAGCGGAUGGAGCGAACAGUGACAUUUAUCUAUGCCCGGUAGCGAUCUAUGACGAUCCGUUUCGUCGCGGGAAGAACAAACUUGUACUCUGCGACACUUAUUACAGCGAUAUGACACCAACGGCGUCUAACAAGCGUUUCAAAGCGAACGAGGCUAUGGAAGCGGUGAAGGAUCAGGAACCAUGGUUCGGUAUCGAGCAAGAGUACACUUUCCUUGAUUUCGACGGUAGGCCCCUUGGCUGGCCGAAGAACGGUUUCCCGGGUCCCCAAGGACCGUACUACUGCGGCGUCGGCGCCGACAAGGUUAUCGGUCGCGAAAUCGUCGAGGCUCAUUACCGAGCCUGUCUUUACGCCGGCGUGAAGAUUGCUGGUACAAAUGCCGAAGUAAUGCCGUCUCAGUGGGAGUUCCAGGUUGGUCCCUGCGUCGGCAUAUCAGCCGGCGAUGAUUUAUGGGUCGCCAGGUUCAUACUGCAUCGCGUGGCCGAGGAAUACGGUGUGAUCGUCACCUUGGAUCCAAAGCCCGUGGACGGUUCGUGGAACGGCGCUGGCGCGCACACGAACUUCUCGACAAAGGCAAUGCGAAACGAAAACGGUAUCGCCGAGAUCGAGAAGGCGAUCGACAAGCUGAGCAAGCAGCACCUAAGGCACAUCCAAGCGUACGACCCACGCGGAGGAAAGGACAACGAACGUCGUUUAACCGGAAAAUGCGAAACCAGCAGCAUACAUGAUUUCAGCGCUGGUGUAGCGAAUCGUAAUGUCAGUAUUCGUAUACCUCGAGGCGUUGCCGAGGAUAAGAAAGGGUACCUGGAGGACAGAAGACCAAGUAGCAAUUGCGAUCCAUACUCGGUGUGCGACGCUCUUAUUCGUACUUGUGUCCUCAACGAGUAAAGAAUUAUAACGGUUCCUGAAGACGAUGCUCGGUGGAAAGGAAUAAUUGGACGAUAAAUCGGUAGUGCGAUAGAGUGGCUGAACUUACGUUGAACGUGUUCCAUGCACAUUGUAAAUUGAUUAUUCAUAGUGAGAGAAUACAAGAUUUGAACGAGAGAGGAUGUAUACUUCAAGCGAGACGGAAUCGUUCAAGGACCAUCGAUCAUGUUAUAAAUAAAAUUGCUUUCAAAGGAAGCUGAGAGGAAGGGAAAAUAAGGAAAUUCGUAUCGUUGAUCGGUGUCGAUUAGAUAGCUAGAAAUUUCAAGUCUCGUGUAAUAACGGAUACGAGGAAAAUGCACAAAGUAAAGACGAGACGAUUGAUAGGAAUAAUUAUUUGCUUUUGCCACAAUAAUAUCUUUUAAUAAAUUGUUGCGAAUCGAGUGAUGUAUAAUUUAUAUUUCAUACUUUGAAACAGUGCAAUAGGAAUGGUUACUUUUAUGAUAUAUUGUCACGGUGGUGUAACCAUGAUUUAUACGCCAUUUAUAAAAAUUAUUUUUCUCAAUUAACAUGUACUUGUUAGCAUAGAAUGAAAUGAAACGUGUAAAAGCUAUAGAAUGUUGCACUGAAAUAUAAUACAUAUCUUUUGGACAAAUUUGAUACCUCUCCUGAUACCUGAAAAUACGGGCAUGCCACCCAUAUAUCGUUAUUAUAAUAAAUGAAUGUAAAUCGUGGAAUUCCAUGAAGGCACGAUAAUUUAGAAAAGUUGAAUAUAAGCAUCCCUUUAUCGCAGUUUAAAAUGCUAUGACUGCGACUCUGUGUAUUUACGAUAAUACAUACAUAAUGAAAGGAAAAAAGUGGAUGUAGCAUGUAUAUGGUGUAUUUUCAUAUUUGUAUGGUAUAUUUUCAUAUUUGUAUUUUCUAUGCUGAAUUCUUCAAUAUAACUGUAUACCAUAACCAUUGUUGACAUUUUUGUUGGUAGUGGUUAUCACUGUUGUUGUUAUUGAUAAUAAAAGGCAACAAUUUUUAACGAA